AUGGCUCGUACAAAGCAAACUGCCCGUAAAUCCACUGGUGGUAAGGCACCAAGAAAGCAACUUGCUUCCAAGGCUGCCCGUAAGAGCGCCCCUUCUACCGGAGGUGUCAAGAAGCCCCACAGGCCAGGAACUGUCGCUCUCCGUGAGAUCCGUCGUUACCAAAAGUCGACUGAGCUCUUGAUCCGAAAGCUCCCUUUCCAACGUCUCGUUCGUGAAAUCGCUCAAGAUUUCAAGUCCGACCUCCGUUUCCAAUCUUCCGCCAUCGGUGCUCUCCAAGAGUCCGUUGAGGCUUACCUCGUCUCCCUCUUCGAAGACACCAACUUGUGUGCCAUCCACGCCAAGCGUGUCACCAUCCAAUCUAAGGAUAUCCAACUCGCCCGUCGUCUCCGUGGUGAGCGUGGUUAA